AUGAUUAAUUUUGCUCAAAUUCCUGCUUGGUAUUGGCAUUCCAUAGGCGUAUCUAAAUAUUGCAUUAAUAAUAGAGGUCCUUUUCUUCCGAAUUUAUGGGUUCUUUGGGGCAAUGAAUUAAUUGCAACUGUGAUUUUUGUGUCUGAUCAAUGCAUUGCUUUGGAGAUUUCUUGUUAUCAGUCUUCUGUUUAUAUUCCUGCCAUUUAUGCUAGUACAUACUAUGUGAAGCGUCGACAGCUUUGGGCUGAUCUCACUCAUUUGCAAGGAUGUUUUCACGGGCCGUGGCUUUAUAUGGGAGAUUUUAAUGCUAUUUUAGGAGCUCAUGAGAAAAGGGGCAGGCGCCCUCCUCCUCCAUUAUCUUGUGAAGACUUUUUAAACUGGACAAAUGCUAAUAUUCUUAAUCACUUGCCAACUCUGGGUACUUUUUACACAUGGACUAAUGGUAGGUUUGGUGAUGAAAAUGUUGCUCUUCGACUUGACAGGGCGGUUUGUAAUGAAAAAUGGAUCAAUUUUUGGCGUAGUUCUAAUUGUGCAGCUUUAGUCCGUCAUCAAUCUGAUCAUCAUCCUAUUUUGCUUUCUCUUAUUUAUUCCACUGUGAAGCAUGCAUCUCCAUUUAAAUUUUUCAAAGCAUGGAUCUCUCAUGACGGUUGUAGGCAGUUGGUGUCUGACACUUGGUCGAAGGGUGUUCGCGGUCAGGGAAUGGAUUUAGAGGCACAAUUGUUAUUGACAAAAGCUCUAAAUGUUCAGGAAGAAUUAUGGAAAGAAAAAGCGAGACACCAUCAGUUUCUUAGUGGUGACCGCAACACUGCCUAUUUCCAUAAGGUCUCCAAAAUCCGAGCAGCGACAAAAUCUAUUUCUCUUUUACAGGAUGGUGAUAAUGUCAUAACUGAUCCCACUGCUAUAGAGUUGCAUAUUCUUUCUUAUUUUCAGGAAAUCUUUAGCAUGGAUAACAAUUGUGCUCAGAAUACUAUGGUGGAUGAAACCAUUCCUUCCCUAGUGUCCGAAGAUGAUAAUAAUAUGUUGUUGUGCACUCCUUCUCAUGAUGAAAUUAGGGAGGCGGUUUUUGCACUUAAUGUUGAUGGUGCACCGGGUCCGGAUGGUUUUGGAGGACAUUUCUUUCAAACUUUUUGGGACAUUGUUGGUCUUGAUGUGGUUCAUUGUGUUCAUGAAUUUUUCCUAGGUGGUGUGCUGCCCCCUAACAUUAAUUCUAAUAUGAUUGUGUUGAUUCCAAAAAUUCCAGGUCCUAGGACUAUGGGUGAUUACAGACCUAUCGCAUUGGCAAACUUUAAGUUUAAAAUUGUUACUAAAAUUCUGGCAGAUAGACUUGCAAGAAUCACUUCUCGGAUUAUUUCUAUUGAGCAACGGGGUUUCGUCCGUGACCAUAACAUUUCUGAGUGCAUUAUUAUUGCAUCUGAGGCAAUCAAUUUGCUAGAAAAAAGACAGUAUGGGGGGAAUAUCUCUCUCAAGGUCGACAUCUCCAAGGCUUUUGACACUUUAGAUUGGAAUUUUUUGAUCAUGGUGCUGCAUAAUUUCGGUUUCUCCCCUAUUUUCAUUAAUUGGAUUCUUGCUAUUUUACAAUCUGCACGCUUGUCUAUUUUGGUGAAUUGCAAGGCGGUUGGGUUGAAGAGCAAUAUUCGGGAGCUUCUUAGUAUUUUUUAUAGAUACUCCGAGGUAUCGGGACAAAUAAUAAAUAAUGCAAAAAGUCGUUUCUUCACAGGAGCUAUGACUGGUUCUCGGACACACAUGAUUGCUACUAUGUUGGGUUUCUCUUUGGGAGCAGUUCCUUUUCAAUACCUUGGUUGUCCCAUCUUUCAAGGUAAACCAAAGGUAACUCACUUUCGCAUAAUUACGGAUAGAAUAAAAAGCAAAUUAGCUACUUGGAAGGGACGCAUUCUUUCGAUUAUGGGCAGGGUGCAGCUUGUAAAAUCUGUAAUUCAUGGCAUGAUUGUCUACUCUUUCCAUGUAUAUCUAUGGCCUAGAAGGCUGCUCCGGCUUCUUGAUUCAUGGAUCAAAAAUUUUAUUUGGAGUGGAGAUGUUCUAAUGAAAAAAGUUUGCACGGUUUCGUGGAAAGUCAUGUGUCGGCCGUGGGAUGAAGGUGGGUUAGACAUCAAACCUACGCGCUUGAUUAACGAGGCUUUAAUUCUGAAAUUAUCUUGGGAUUUAAUUGCACAGGAAACACAGUGGUCUAAUUUAUUCAAGAGGCGAUUUUUCUCAAACGGUCAGCCCUCCAUGCGUUAUUUUAAAUCCUCGGUUUGGUCGGGUAUUAAAAUACAUAUUGGCACGGUUAUGAGCAAUUCAUUGUGGAUUGUGGGAAAUGGAAACAAUAUUCAUUUCUGGACUGAUAAUUGGUUAGGUGUUCCUCUUGUGGAUUUGAUGAAUAUUGAUGUUGAUUUUCACGGACAUAUGAAAGGUAUGGUGUCGGAAGUUAUCGUUAAUGGAACCUGGAACAUACCGGCAGUAAUUUCAGAUUUUAGGGACAUUAAAGAGCGCCUAGAUGAUGUCGUCAUACCUCGUACAUAG